AUGUUAUUUAAUUUCACCGUAGCGAAGGAGAAGGUCACCGAGUCGGUGGGUUGGGAGAAAAGAACAGUAACGCUGAGUUUAAGUGGAAAUCUAGUCUCGGAUAGUUUCAAGACAUUCAAAGCAACCAUCAUGGUCACUCCUAAGGAAGACGAGGGCAAUGGUAGCCGCGUGGUGUGGACCGUCGAGUUCGAGAAGAUCCGCCAUGACGUUGAGGAUCCAGUGUGGAUCAUCGACAUACUUAUCAAUUAUUUAAAGGAGACUGAUGAAGAGCUUAAUAUAUAG